AUGAGUUCCAACACCUCUCCCUCGGGCGCCGUCGCCAGCGGCAGCGGCAGCGACAAGAAACAGCCCAAGUCGCGCGGCGCCCGCACUCUGGAUGCCGUGGGCGGAAAGGCCGGCGAGAUUAUCAAGGAGGACUUUGGCAAUGCGCGCAAGGUUGCGUUUGAGGCCAUGAAGAGUCGCGCGUAUCUGUACCCGCUCAAGGGUAUCGUCUACUUCGUCUCGCACAAAUCGCUGUGGCAACCGUUCCUCUCGCGUCUCGGCCCCAUCCUCGCGCUCUCGGCGGGCGUCGUCGGCUCCAUGUUUGCCUUCACCUACCUGCCGCAGCUGGCUGUGCUCGUCUUCGUCAACGGGCCGUUUGCGGUCGUCUCGACGGUGCUGCUGGUGCUGAGCGAGAGCUCGGCCAUCAUCAACACCCUCUCGCGCGGGUGGCUGCUGCAGGACGCCAUCCUCGACACGUUUGACGGCACGCUCGUGUCCCGCGACGCGACGGCCAUUGUGAGCGAGGGCCGCGAGCUCAAGGCCGGCCGCGACCCGAUGAAGCGCCUGGGCAAGGUUCUGCGGAACCCGUUUGACAAGUUUAGCCCCAAGGCCAUCAUCCGCUACCUGCUGUACUUGCCGCUCAACUUUGUCCCCCUGGUGGGAACGGUGGCGUUUGUGUUCCUGCAGGGUCGCAGCCGUGGACGCUCGGUCCACGAGAGGUACUUCCAAUUGAAGAAGUGGUCCCAGGCGCAAAAGAGCAACUGGGUCAACACGCAUGUCGGCGCGUAUACAUCAUUCGGACUCGUCGCUACCGUCUUGGAAAUGGUCCCCAUUGCAAGCAUGUUUUUCACCUACACCAACACAGUUGGUGCGGCUCUCUGGGCAGCUGAUCUUGAGGCGCACAGCACUUCGCUGACAAAGGAGACGGCGCCGAACCUGCGUGCGGCUGCCGAUAAGGCGACGGAAAAGUCGGAGCUGUAG